AUGGCCUCUACGUUCCUCAACAUGAAUCGUGUUGUGCAACAGUUUGAUUACACUGACGUUGGAGAGCUUGAAGCAGCGUUGAGCUUGCUCAUCGUCGUCCCAGAUACCUCGAUCGCCACCACUAAGGAACAUCUCAGACUCAUCAAAGCUUACGCGGGCAAUUACUCUCUUCCUUCUUGGACUCUGAGUAAUGCAGAGAUUCUGGCAACAGGGUUUCGAGACAUGAUUGUCAUCCUCACAGAACCAACCGAUAAAGCAGAUACCCUGCCAUUUGAGCCCAUGAUGGAGGGGUCGAGAACUAUUCGCAGCCUGGACCGUGCUCUGCAGUGGGCUAGUAAAGGCCAAAGAAGCGUCCAAAACACAAUUAUACUUGAUGGAAGAUUGCUUCGCAGCCGAGCUUUCCAGCAAAGAGAAUCUCGAUCACUGCGACGUCAUCGCGACAGCCAAGGCUUUGGUGUGAUCGACGACAUCUGCAAGUUAGUCGAACCCAGCGUGGUACUUGUUUGCAAUUGUUGUCGAUUUGAGACUCUCAAUUCGCGGACGACCGACUUGCUUGUUUCUAGGAUCCCGGAGGCUGGGAAUAUCGAGAUGUUGACCUGGCCAUCCGGAGCGCAAGGGAGCAUCGUGAAGAGUUUCCAUCCAGAGUUUAUCUACAAAUGCGAACAACCCGACCAACGCGCCUUGCGCGAAUCCCUCUGGAAGUUGACCAUUGCAACAGCGACGAAUAUCAUCCUGAAGAGCAACUUGCGAGGAUCUGGUAUUUCGAAACUCCGUUCCACGGUCUUGAGAGGCAUGGACACGUUUGCGGAAAGCCGUCGGAAUGGUCAAAAUACCCAAGGCACGUCCAAGGCAGGGACUCUAAGGGGUAGGAUAGGAAGGUGA